GAUCGGAGCUACCGCACUGGGAGACUGAGCGACGCCGGACCGGGAUCGAUUAUGUCUGCGACCGCGCGCUCCGCCAAAGGCGAGGUUAUCUGCUUUCCUACAUGAAACAGACAGAUAGCCAUGUCUUCGGACAGCACCGUGUCCUCUUCUUAGCCGUGCUCUACAGUCGUAUGUGUUGUGUUUUCGCUGCUGUAAGCCCUCCGUGGUGUCGUUGUCAAUGACUGUCCUGCCCAUCUAGCUUUACUCAUGGCGGAGACAAAAAUAAUCUAUCACAUCGAUGAAGAGGAAACUCCGUAUUUAGUGAAACUGACCGUUUCUCCGGACAAAGUCACUCUCGCCGAUUUUAAGAAUGUCCUCAGCAACCGUCCGGUCAACAGCUACAAAUUCUUCUUCAAGUCCAUGGAUCAGGAUUUUGGGGUUGUCAAAGAGGAGAUAUCUGACGACAAUGCCAAGCUGCCCUGCUUCAACGGUAGAGUGGUGUCCUGGUUGGUGCUGACUGAGAGCACACACUCAGACGGCGGAUCUCAGUGCCCAGAGAGCCACCCUGAGCUGCCGCCCCCGCUGGAGAGAACAGGAGGCAUCGGAGACUCCAGACCCCCCUCCUUUCACGCCAAUGCAGUGAGCAGUCGGGAUGGUUUGGACACUGAAACGGGGACAGAGUCUCUCCUGAGCCAGCGCAGGGAGCGGGAGAGGGCCCGCAGGGCACGGGACAACAAGUUCCCCCGGGUGAACGGACACUCUAAGACAGAGCGAGUUAUUCGGGACUCAGCCAUGGGCUACGACAGCACCUCCAUGAUGAGCAGCGAGCUGGAAUCUAGCUCCUUCAUCGACAGUGAGGAAGACGAGGAUGCCAGCAGGCUCAGCAGCUCCACAGAGCAGAGCUCCUCUUCUCAACUCAUGCGCAGACAUAAGCGCCGGCGAAGGAGACAGAAAGUGGCCAAAAUGGACAGGUCGUCCUCCUUUAGCAGCAUAACAGAUUCCACUAUGAGCCUCAACAUUAUUACAGUAACACUCAACAUGGAGAAGUAUAACUUCCUGGGCAUCAGUAUAGUGGGGCAGAGUAAUGACCGGGGAGAUGGUGGCAUCUAUAUCGGCUCCAUUAUGAAAGGCGGAGCUGUGGCAGCUGAUGGCCGAAUUGAACCUGGAGACAUGCUGUUACAGGUGAAUGAUGUGAACUUUGAGAAUAUGAGCAAUGACGAUGCAGUGAGAAUUCUACGGGAAAUUGUCUCUAAGCCUGGGCCAAUAAGUCUCACUGUGGCUAAGUGUUGGGACCCCUCUCCUCGAAGUUACUUCACCAUCCCAAGAGCGGAGCCUGUAAGACCCAUUGACCCUGCUGCUUGGAUCUCUCACACUACAGCGCUGACUGGAGCUUAUCCACACUAUGAAUGUGAUGACUUGCCUCUCUCGGCUGGUAAGACAGACAUGGCCACCAUAGUGAAGGUGAUGCAAUUACCUGACUCAGGUCUGGAGAUCAGAGACCGGAUGUGGCUUAAGAUUACCAUAGCGAAUGCUGUCAUUGGUGCUGAUGUGGUUGACUGGCUGUUUUCUCGAGUGGAGGGCUUUAAGGACCGCCGUGACGCCAGGAAAUACGCCAGCAGUUUGCUGAAACACGGCUACCUGAGACACACUGUCAAUAAGAUCACCUUCUCUGAGCAGUGCUACUACACUUUUGGAGACCUGUGCCAAAACAUGGCAUCUCUAAACCUCAAUGAGGGUUCCAGUGGUGGUGGUUCCGAGCAGGAUGCUUUAGCUCCACUCCCUCCACCUGGCACAAACCCCUGGCCCCUUGGGGGGCAGCCAUAUCCCUACCCAGGCUACCCAAAUCCACCCUCCAGCUUCCCUCCUGGAUACUCGGACCCCUGCCACAGUUUCCACAGCGGCAGUGCUGGCAGCCAGCAAAGCGAAGGCAGCAGAAGUAGCGGCUCCAACCCCAGCGCAGGGAAAGGACGAAGGCCCUCCCCUCGAGAGAAGGACCACAAGUCAACGUGCUGUGAAUCGGAGCUGGGCGUUUGGGCGGGGCUUCAGGGCCAAAGAGCGCCAAGCCAGCUGAGCCAUCACAGUCAUACACGCUCCUGCACCAGUCAAGCCUGCUCCAGCCACAGCCACGCCCAGUCCCACCGCAGCCACGGCCCGGCCCAGCACAGCCACGCCUCUUUCUCAUACAGCCACUCCCCCUUCGUCCAGCCUGCUCACGUGUCCUGCACCCACAGCGAGAGGAGCCAUGCCUCCUCCUAUGGACCCCCAGGCCUGCCCCCUCCAUACUGCCUGGCUCGCAUGAUCCCUAAGGCCUCAGCGAGCCAGUCAGGUCCUCCUGGAGCGCCUCCUGUUCGCGACUUAGGGAACGUACCUCCAGAACUCACCGCUAGCCGCCAGUCCUUUCAACAUGCUAUGGGCAAUCCUUGUGAAUUCUUUGUUGAUAUUAUGUGACAGGACAGUGCCUUUACACUUCCAGAGCACAAGACCCCCGACCUCUCCUUGCUCCUUUAAAGUCUUGCUACUGACUAUCCCAGCACUGAGAAUGUACAAAUUGACAGCCACAUUCGCGUCGUCCUUCCAACAUGUUUAGGAACAGUUGAGGACGCUAAAAAUAGCACAGCUCCAGAGUUUGACAUAGACUCUUUAAAAAAAUCCACAACAUUGCAGUGGCAGCACAAAUUUAUACAAAUUACUGUACAUCCAUAAUGCAGUGUCAGAGAAACGUUGCUGCUACAGCCUGGUGUUAUUUACGAUUUUUGGCCUUUUAGCUGAAGUAAAGCUGCUCUUGCUUUAUAUUGACACCCAGUGUUAGAAAUGAAAGGAAAGAGAAAGUGAAACCCAAACUUUGGACUUAUAGACAUAUAUGACUUUAUCAGCAAUCCCACCAACAAAGAUUAAGAUGCCAAGCCAGUCCAAGAAAUAAGUCAUUGCCAAACAGUGAGCAUUGUGGGUUUCAGGAGCCAGUUCCUCCGAGUCAGAAUCCAUUUUAUUGGCCGGGUAGGAUAGCCUUUGGCGUUUCUGCCUCACAAAUUGCAUGACUGGUAAGGUUUUAUGCAAGGCAGUAGUUGUAAAUGUUGUCUGGAAGUAAUGACCCUUUUGCUGGAAGUUAGAUUCUUUAUUUAAAUUUGAUGAUGCGCUCAUGGAGUCAUCACCUUUUUUUCCAGUGACAAUCAGUCAUGCCAUCUAUUUACAGUCUGACCACUGUUUGUCACUACGUGUCGCGGAAUGUGUCGUUGCUGUGACUCAAGUUUAGCCCCAAUGCUCAUCAUGAAUUUAAAAAUAUACCCUAGUUGCCAUAUGAGCAAUAAAGCAUUGCUCAACCACUUGACUUUGGACAGUGACAGAUAGGUGCCUACAUGUACAUGUACAUGUCCUGUACAGCAUGAUCACCAAUUGUCUUAUUGUCUGAUUCUCUUACGUUAAUGUAAUGACAGCGGCUUAGGUCAUACUCAAGAUAGACGCAAGUUGAUUAUGAGUUAAAGGGGAAUUCCACUGAUUUUUUUAAAGUUUGCAUAUUUCAGUCGUUCGGAUGUAAACAGUGAUUCAUAGUGGUUUGAUGUGAAAUCCUGCACUGUAGAGAAACAAACCACAUUUCUUUACAGUGGUGGUGAUGAAAACCAGGGGCCACAAUGCCUACUAUUAUACUGCAUAUAUAGCUACUAUAUUUACUAACAAAAAUGACCUGUGAACCCACAGGGGUUUUAUAUAUGUAAUCUUGAUAAAAAAGUGGAAAAUAGUUUUCUUAGAAAACUAUGUUGCCUUACAACAUUUUGCAUGUAUCCCUUCACCAUGACUGGAUAUAAUAAUGUUUUAUACCAAAAUCUUAUCAUAAAAUUGUCAUACAACAACGACUUAGUUGUCACACAGUAAUAAUUUCAUGUAAUAACUUUUCUGUAGGAGCUUUUAGAAGCAUUAAAUUCUUCAGACGUCUGGUUCCUAUCACCACCACUGUGAACAGUUCUGACUUAAGUUUCUCUAGAACGCUGCAUUUCACAUCAAACCACUCCCAAUCACUUUGUUUACAUUUUAUUGGUUUAAUUAUGCAAUACUUUAAAAAUCAGUGCAAUUCCCCUUUAAAUGAAAUAAAUGAAUGAAAUGGACAGGGCAACCAAAGGCCUCUGGCAAACUUUAAGCUGUGUUGUUUUUUUAAAGGGACAACUGUUUUAACCUGGAGAAAAGAUAUUUCUGCUUGUUGUGGUAAGAUUUUCUGGUAAAAAA